GGAUAAAAAACUUUGUUGCUUUGUGAGGGAUAUAAUUUGCAACCAUGGAACGAUGUCACUGUUCCUUACGUUUCAAGUUCCCACGCAAAGAGAGUGGAAGCAGUGGCCUCUUGCAGUUUGCGGUUUACAAGCUCGGCCUUUACCUUUUCCCUCUACCAUUCUGCUCUAACUACAAACCAUGGCUGGAUUCCAUGAGCUGAUUCCGAAUGUGGUGAAGAGAAGGAUCAAUGAAACUCGUCCUCUUCUCAAAAUUUGUCAUCCCGAUCGCGAUCCCAUCGACGUAACAUUCGCUCUUCUCAACAAUGCUGUCAAUAAGGCAGCCUGGUUUCUCGAUAGCAACCUUGGCCCCGAUGAGGAGACUUUCAUCUGGAUGUCGCGAAGCGACGCCCGGUACAUAAUAUGGGCUAUUGCUGCUAUGAAAACCGGCAAGAUCGUGGUGUUUCCGUCGCUGAGUAAUCGCGUGUCCGCCAACUUACGACUAUUUGAGACUGUUGGGGCUAAACAUAUGUUCUACGGUCCCGAAUCUUCGGGAACACUCGCCGAACUCAUCAGCAAGGCUAGUCCGGCCGUUGCGGCUCGACCAGGGAUAUUACUCCAGGAUAUCCUGUCCCCUGAACCCGUCCCAGACUAUCCUUUCGAUAAGUCUUUCGAGGAGAUCAAGGAUAAGCGAUUCAUGGGACUUCACACCUCUGGGACUUCAGGUCAUCCAAAGCCAAUAUGGUGGACUCACGCACACUUCGAGAACCUAUUCUCUCCAUUAGAGGAGGGUGUCCUUCCUGAAGGCGUUCACGUAGAGAGACCGACAUGUAGCACACUCGCUAACCACGAUGUUCUCAUCGUCGGGUCUCAGUCCCAUGCCGGUGCAAUGUACAUAACCAUGAUCUCUCUACACUCUCCCAUGACUGCUAUCCUCAUGCAUCCGGACGUCCCCAUAAUCCCGGCCAAUAUCGCGGCCGUCAUCCACCAGACUGGUGCCAACAGCCUGAUCUGCCCACCCGUCCCCAUUGAAAACAUGCUCAAGUUUCCGGACGGUGUCGAAGCACUCGCCCGCCUCAAGCAUGUCGGGUAUGUCGGCGGUCCCAUCAACCCUGUGCAUGGCGCCGAGAUCGCCAAGAUCACGCCUCACCUCUACAGUCUUAUCGGCAGCACUGAAGGUGCCCUCAUGCACAUGGACUACUCCCCUAAUAGCGAGAACUGGGAUGCUCUUCGCUUCGUGGACGUGGGUCAACGCAUGGAAGAGGUAUUCCCGGGGUUGUACGAGCUUGUAUUUCCGAAAACCGAGGCGAUCGAGAAGUUGUACGCGUACUUCCGCUCAUACCCUGAUCUGACGGACGAGUAUCGUACCAAAGACCUUUUUGCCCCGGUCCCCGGACAACCUGGGUGGUGGCGCUUCCGUGGGCGUACUGAUAACUGGGUUGCCAUGGCUAAUGGUUACAAGAUGGAUCCGACUGAUUUUGAGGCUAUAGUGUCGUCCCACGCUGAUGUACGCGGCGUUAUAGUGGGCGGUUCUCAUCGCUUCCGACUUUGUCUUCUCGUCGAGUUACAUGAGGACCUCGUCCCGACUAACGCUGAAGAAGCACACGCAGCGCUUGAGAAAUUAUGGCCUAAGAUCCACGAGGCGAAUCAGACGUCACCCAAGUUCGGCCAGAUCCCGAGCGAGCUCGUCAUGUUCACAUCAAAGGAAAAGCCAUUUUUGCGAGCGGGCAAAGGGACAAUACAACGACAGCUUACGUUGCAGGCUUACGAGGAGGAAAUCGAUGCGCUAUACGAACGGGUCGAGAGCGGGAUCUUGGUUAACGAUCUAGAUCCUAUUAAAUCCCUAGAGGCGCAGGAUUUGGAGCCUGUACUCACUCAACUGUUCCAGCAAGCACUUGAUACGAAGGAUGUAGAUGCCGAGACCGACGUCUUCGCGCGAGGGUUGGAUUCGAACGGCGUUACGAUUACGAUUUCGAGACUGAAGGCCGCUCUUAGGAAUUACGGCAUCUCGGAGGACACUCUAAACGGGUUGAAUAUCGGACUUAUGUACAGUUCGACUACAGCACGCUCCUUAGCUACUACGCUAUCGGCUUACCUACUCGGCGAUGGCGAAAUCAAUGGGCACGCAGAAGACGGCGGCGUUGAGGCCAUGUUGGAUAAAUACAUCCCGCACGCUCGUAACCCACGCACCCCACAAACAGUUGUGUUGACAGGUACAACCGGCAGUCUAGGCACAUACUUGCUAUCUGCGCUGCAAGCUCUGCCUCGAACGCGCGUCCGCCGUAUCUUUUGCCUGAACCGGGCCCUUGAUGCCUCCUCUAAACAAGCUUCGGCCCUUAAGUCCCGCGGCUUGCCUCCUGCCGACGAGGAGUCGGGUCGUGUAGUCUUCCUUACUGUAUCCAAUUUUGGCGCGUCACACCUAGGACUAAGCGCCAAAGACUACGAUGCCCUAGUCGCAGAGACCACAGCUAUAAUCCAUAAUGCGUGGCCCGUUAAUUUCUUACUCCCACUUAAGAGCUUUGAGCCGAGUAUUGCAGGUCUCGUGAAUCUGCUGGAGAUAGCACGACAUGGAGCAAAGAAUCCCGCACUGUUCUUCGUGUCGAGUAUUUCGGCGGCCAUGGGCGCCGAGACACAAGUCCCCGAGGAGGUGCUGGCCGAUCCAAAAGAAUUGGUGUUAAAGCAGGGAUAUGCUAGGAGCAAGUAUGUUGGUGAACGCCUACUCGAUAGCUACGUUAAGGCGACUGGGCGCAAGGCCGCAGUGCUUCGUGUCGGACAGGUUGCGGGACCAGUAGAGCUUGGGGGAACGUGGAAUAAGUGGGAAUGGUUUCCGAGUCUGGUGCGAAGUAGCAAAUUCCUAGGAAAGCUGCCCAAAACGCUGGGGACAAGCAGUAGAGUCGAAUGGGUGCCAGUUGAUGAACUCGCGAAGAUUAUUCUCGAGGUUGUGGAGGAUGUUGGGGCCGACGAGGAAACCCAAAACGGAGAUGACACGACAGAUGGGGUAAAUGGUACGGCGAAGAGCGGAAGCGAAGGUACAAAAGUGUACAACCUAGUCAAUCCCUCGCCUGUCACCUUUGCAGACCUGCUCCCUGCCCUUAAAGAGAAGGGGAUAGCCAAAGAGGAGACGUCGUUCGAGGAGUGGAUCGAUGCGCUUGAGCAUAGUACUCACAAUCGCGCCGCACGGAAGACGAGCGCGGAGGAUAAUCCCGCGGUUAAGCUGUUAGACUUUUAUAAGUCACUUGUGCCGAAGAAGGACGGGGGUCAAAAUAACGGGACUGCAAAUGAGAAUGAAAACGGAAAGAGUGAGGGAGAGGGUGGCGGCGAGGACGAUUAUACUUGGCGCGUGGAGAAUACCUUGCGGGCGAGUCCGACGGCUAGGGAGCUGAAGCCCGUGAAUACGGAGUGGGUGAAGCUGUGGGUUGAUCGGUGGGGUUUCUGAUGAAGGGCCUAGACAAUAGGGAAUAGGGAAGGAGGAAGAUAGUGUGCGUACAAGUAUAAGAUGUUAGUAUGUGAGAUCUUACGAUCUACUGGUAGAAUGCCAAAAAUACGUGCAAAAGAUCACCUCGGGGUUCAGAAU